CUUUUUGUCGGCGAAGGAGGCGGUUGUGUAAAAUGGAGUUGUCUAAUUAAUAUACAAAGUUUAUAUCCAAAGAUAUUGCUGGUAAAAUGUGCUAAAUAACCCAUUUAUCCGGCAAAAGUUCUGGACAAAAGUGAAAAGUGUAGUGCUGCAUCAUGUAUCUGUACAAUCUGACCCUGCAAAAGGGCACGGGGGUGACCCACGCGGUGCAUGGAAACUUUUCUGGCGGCAAACAGCAGGAGGUCCUAUUAUCACGUGGUAAAUCGCUGGAGUUACUCCGUCCGGACCCAAAUACGGGAAAGGUCCACACCCUUCUCUCUACGGAGAUCUUCGGGUGCAUUCGCGCUUUGAUGGCAUUCCGAUUGACGGGUGGAACUAAAGAUUACAUAGUAGCUGGUUCCGAUUCGGGUCGCAUUGUAAUUCUUGAGUAUAUUGCUUCAAAAAAUGCUCUCGAAAAAGUACAUCAGGAGACCUUUGGAAAGUCGGGAUGUCGGCGAAUUGUGCCUGGUCAAUAUUUCGCCAUCGAUCCCAAGGGAAGAGCUGUGAUGAUUGGCGCCGUGGAGAAGCAAAAGUUGGCCUACAUCAUGAAUCGGGACACGCAGGCUCGUCUGACGAUUUCUUCGCCUUUGGAGGCUCACAAAUCGAAUACCCUGACAUACCAUAUGGUAGGCGUGGAUGUGGGCUUUGAUAAUCCUAUGUUUGCCUGCCUGGAGAUCGACUACGAGGAGGCCGACAUGGAUCCAUCAGGCGACGCAGCCCAGCGUACUCAGCAGACGCUAACCUUCUACGAGUUGGAUCUUGGCCUGAACCACGUGGUUCGCAAAUACUCGGAACCCUUGGAAGAGCACGCCAACUUUUUGGUCUCAGUUCCUGGAGGUAACGAUGGCCCUUCGGGAGUGCUGAUCUGUUCGGAGAACUAUCUGACCUACAAGAAUCUCGGCGAUCAGCAUGAUAUCCGUUGUCCAAUUCCGCGAAGGAGAAACGAUCUUGAUGAUCCUGAAAGGGGCAUGAUCUUUAUCUGCUCCGCCACACAUCGCACCAAGAGCAUGUACUUCUUUUUGCUGCAAACAGAGCAGGGAGACAUCUUUAAGAUCACUCUGGAGACGGACGAUGAUGUGGUAUCUGAGAUCAAGCUGAAGUAUUUCGAUACAGUGCCUCCGGCAACGGCCAUGUGUGUGCUGAAGACAGGCUUCCUGUUCGUGGCCAGCGAGUUUGGCAACCACUAUCUCUACCAAAUUGCUCACCUGGGUGAUGAUGAUGACGAGCCAGAGUUCAGCUCAGCCAUGCCUUUGGAGGAGGGUGAAACCUUUUUCUUUGCACCACGAGCCCUAAAGAACCUGGUUUUGGUAGACGAACUGCCGUCAUUCGCACCAAUUAUCACCUCUCAGGUGGCUGAUCUUGCCAACGAGGAUACACCUCAAUUGUACGUCCUUUGUGGCCGAGGUCCUCGUUCCACACUGAGAGUCCUUCGACAUGGCUUGGAGGUUUCCGAGAUGGCCGUUUCUGAGCUGCCUGGUAAUCCCAAUGCUGUUUGGACAGUGAAAAAACGAGCUGAUGACGAGUUUGAUGCCUACAUCAUCGUAUCCUUCGUGAAUGCCACUCUGGUUUUGAGUAUUGGCGAAACCGUUGAAGAAGUCACGGACAGUGGCUUCCUGGGCACCACACCCACACUUUGUUGCGCGGCCCUUGGAGACGAUGCCUUGGUUCAGGUUUACCCCGACGGUAUUCGCCACAUCCGAUCCGACAAGCGUGUGAAUGAGUGGAAGGCUCCGGGCAAGAAAUCAAUUACGAAGUGUGCCGUGAAUCAGCGCCAGGUGGUCAUCACCUUGUCCGGCAGGGAAUUGGUCUACUUUGAAAUGGAUCCGACUGGCGAGCUGAACGAGUACACAGAACGCUCGGAAAUGCCUGCUGAGAUUAUGUGCAUGGCCUUGGGUACUGUUCCAGAGGGUGAGCAGAGAUCUUGGUUUUUGGCCGUUGGUCUCGCAGACAAUACCGUGCGUAUCUUGUCUCUGGAUCCCAACAACUGUCUCACUCCCUGCUCAAUGCAAGCGUUACCCUCGCCAGCCGAGUCCCUUUGCUUGGUAGAAAUGGGACAUACAGAGAGUACGACACAAGGAGCUGCGGACGAUGAUGCGCCUGCUCAGCGAAGUGGAAGCAAUAAGGGAACCAUAUACUUAAACAUUGGCUUGAGCAAUGGUGUCCUGCUGAGAACUGUACUUGAUCCUGUGUCCGGAGAUCUAGCUGAUACGAGAACUAGGUAUCUGGGUUCCCGACCUGUAAAACUCUUCCGGAUCAAGAUGCAGGGAGCCGAAGCUGUACUGGCCAUGUCCAGUCGAUCCUGGUUAUCGUACUACCAUCAAAAUCGAUUCCACUUAACACCGCUUUCUUAUGAAACGCUCGAGUAUGCUUCUGGCUUCUCCAGCGAACAGUGUAGCGAAGGUAUAGUGGCAAUAUCCACCAACACCUUGAGGAUCUUGGCACUGGAAAAACUGGGAGCGGUCUUCAAUCAAGUGGCAUUCCCCUUGCAGUACACUCCUCGUACCUUUGUAAUCCACCCGGACACAGGCCGCAUGUUGAUUGCGGAAACAGAUCACAAUGCUUACACAGAGGACACAAAGAGUGCUCGAAAGGAGCAAAUGGCUGAGGAGAUGCGCAGUGCAGCGGGCGAUGAGGAAAGGGAAUUGGCCCACGAAAUGGCCAAUGCUUUUAUCAACGAAGUUUUGCCCGAGGAUGUUUUCUCAUCUCCCAAAGCAGGAUUGGGUCUUUGGGCCUCGCAAAUCCGGUGCUUGGAUGCCAUGCAUGGCCAGACGAUGUUUAGUAUUCCGCUGACCCAAAACGAGGCUAUCAUGUCGAUGGCCAUGGUGAAGUUCUCCAUAGCAGCUGACGGUCGCUAUUACCUAGCUGUGGGAAUAGCUAAGGAUCUUCAGCUAAAUCCAAGGAUCUCGCAAGGCGGCUGCAUAGAUAUCUACAAAAUAGACCCAACCUGCUCCAGUUUGGAGUUUAUGCACCGCACAGAAAUCGAUGAGAUUCCCGGAGCUCUUUGUGGCUUCCAAGGUCGUCUGCUGGCUGGUUGUGGGCGAAUGUUGAGAAUCUAUGAUUUUGGCAAGAAGAAAAUGCUGCGAAAGUGCGAGAACAAACACAUUCCUUACCAGAUUGUCAACAUCCAAGCCAUGGGUCACCGAGUCUACGUGUCGGACGUUCAGGAAUCUGUAUUUUUCAUACGUUACCGCCGAGCGGAGAAUCAGUUGAUUAUAUUCGCUGAUGAUACUCAUCCUCGAUGGGUGACUGCCACCACUCUGCUGGAUUACGACACCAUAGCCAUUGCCGAUAAGUUUGGUAACUUGAGCAUUCAGCGACUGCCUCACUCGGUGACCGACGAUGUGGACGAAGAUCCCACGGGCACAAAGUCACUCUGGGAUCGCGGCUUGUUGUCUGGAGCCUCGCAGAAGUCGGAGAAUAUUUGCUCCUUCCAUGUGGGCGAGAUCAUCAUGUCGCUGCAGAAGGCUACUCUUAUUCCUGGGGGAUCGGAAGCCCUUAUCUACGCUACGCUAAGUGGUACUGUAGGAGCGUUUGUUCCAUUCACCAGUCGCGAGGAUUACGACUUCUUCCAGCACUUGGAGAUGCACAUGCGCAAUGAGAAUCCCCCACUUUGUGGACGCGAUCAUCUCAGCUACCGAAGCUCAUAUUAUCCAGUAAAAAAUGUUUUAGAUGGCGAUCUUUGCGAACAGUAUCUGUCCAUUGAGGCAGCCAAGCAGAAGAGCAUCGCAGGAGAUAUGUUCCGAACUCCGAACCAGAUCUGCAAGAAGCUGGAGGACAUACGUACACGAUAUGCCUUCUAAGCUUUCUGCAUCAGACGAAGACGAAAAAUGUCAAAGGGAACUUAAUUUUGGAUUAGUUCCAAAUGACAAAUCCAUCAAAUGCUGCAUCCAAAACGUUUGAAGAUCUUCUUUCGUUGCGGUAUGUGGCGUUUAUUUUAAAAUUAAACAUGCAUUAGUUUGUACGUCUACAUUAAUUUCACAUUGAAUCACCGAUCAACCACUAAUCGACUGCCGCCUAUUUAUAUUAGUAUAAAUCACUGCAAAUUCGACUGUUUGCACAACAUAAAUAUAUAACCAUCUUUAGUCUAAGCAAUUUUCAAAUAAAAAGUAACCAAAAACGAA